UUGUGGCGCGCUGUUCCCUCCUCCUCACCCCCCCCUCCCUGUCCGGUCCAGGUUCGCUUGCCUCGUCAGCGUCCGCGUUCUCCCCGGGCCCCCCCUAACCCCCCCCGCUGCAGGAUUCCCCCUCCCAGAGCUCGUGCCCGCGCUGCCACCAUGAGCGAUCAAGAUCAUUCUGUGGAUGAAAUGCCUGUUGUGGUGAAGAUUGAGAAAGGAGUUGGCAGUAAUGGUGGAGGUGGCUUUUCCCAGACUCGCAGCAGCAGCACAGGCAGCAGCAGUAGUGGAGGAGGAGGUGGCCAGGAGUCCCAGCCAUCCCCACUGGCUUUGCUAGCAGCCACUUGCAGCAGAAUCGAGUCACCCAAUGAAAACAGCAACAACUCCCAGGGCCCAAGCCAGUCAGGGGGCUCAGGUGAGCUCGAUCUCACAGCCGCCACACAGCUCACCCAAGGUGCCAAUGGUUGGCAGAUCAUCUCCUCCUCUGGGGCUACCCCUACCUCAAAGGAUCAGGGUGGCAGCAGUAGCAAUGGUAGCAGUAGUAGUGAAUCCUCCAAGAAUCGCCCAGUCUCUGGUGGGCAAUAUGUUGUUACCACCACCCCCAAUAUACAGAACCAGCAAGUUCUGACAGGACUUCCUGGAGUGAUGCCUAACAUUCAGUAUCAAGUAAUUCCCCAGUUCCAGACUGUUGAUGGGCAACAGCUGCAGUUUGCCACCACUGGGGCCCAAGUGCAGCAAGAUGGUUCUGGUCAAAUUCAGAUAAUACCAGGGGCAAACCAGCAGAUUAUUACAAAUAGAGGGAGUGGGGGCAAUAUCAUCGCUGCUAUGCCAAACCUGCUCCAGCAGGCUGUCCCCCUCCAAGGCUUGGCCAAUAAUGUCCUCUCAGGACAGACUCAGUACGUGGCCAAUGUCCCAGUGGCUCUGAAUGGGAAUAUCACCCUGCUGCCUGUCAAUAGUGUUGCUGCAGCCACCCUGACUCCCAGUUCCCAGGCAGUCACAAUCAGUAGCUCAGGCUCUCAAGAGAGUGGCUCACAGCCGGCAACCUCAGGGACAACUAUUAGCUCUGCUAGCCUGGCAACCUCACAAGCCAGUUCUGGAUCCUUUUUCACUAAUGCCAGCAGUUACUCGUCCACAACCACCACCAGCAACAUGGGCAUUAUGAAUUUUUCUACCAGCGGAACAUCUGGGACCAAUACUCAAGUGCAGACACCACAAAGGGUCAGUGGGCUUCAGGGAUCUGACUCUCUGAAUGUUCAGCAGAACCAAACGCCUGGAGGUACACUCCAGACCAGUCAACAGAAAGAGGGAGAGCAAAACCAGCAGUCACAGCAACAACAGCAGAUCCUCAUCCAGCCUCAGUUAGUUCAAGGGGGACAGGCUAUUCAGGCUCUCCAGGCUACACCACUGUCAGGCCAGACCUUUACAACCCAAGCUAUUUCUCAAGAUGGUCUCCAGAACCUCCAGCUUCAGGCUGUUCCCAACUCAGGCCCCAUUAUCAUCAGGACACCAACCGUGGGGCCUAAUGGGCAAGUCAGUUGGCAGACUAUUCAGCUUCAGAAUCUUCAAGUCCAGAACCCACAGGCUCAGACAAUCACCCUGGCACCAAUGCAGGGUGUCUCUUUGGGACAGACUGGCAACAGCAACACCACCCUCACACCUAUCGCCUCAGCUGCCUCCAUCCCUGCUGGCACAGUCACUGUGAAUGCUGCUCAGCUCUCUUCGAUGCCAGGCCUCCAGACCAUCAACCUCAGUGCACUAGGUGCUUCAGGAAUCCAGGUGCACCAGCUGCCAGGUCUGCCACUGACCAUAGCAAAUGCCACAGGAGACCAUGGGGCUCAACUUGGCCUUCACGGAGCCAGUGGUGAUGGAAUACAUGAUGACACGGCUGGUGGGGUGGAAGGAGAGUCCAGCUCAGACCCCCAACCCCAGACUGGUCGAAGGACAAGGCGGGAGGCUUGUACCUGCCCCUAUUGUAAAGAUAGUGAAGGGAGGGGCUCUGGGGACCCUGGUAAAAAAAAGCAACAUAUCUGCCACAUGCCAGGUUGUGGCAAAGUUUAUGGCAAGACCUCCCACCUUCGGGCACAUUUACGAUGGCACAGUGAGAGGCCCUUUAUCUGUUCCUGGCUGUACUGUGGAAAGCGCUUUACUCGAUCAGAUGAGCUCCAGCGGCAUAAACGCACACACACAGGUGAGAAGAAAUUUGCCUGCCCUGAGUGCCCCAAACGCUUCAUGAGGAGUGACCAUUUGUCGAAGCACAUCAAGACCCACCAGAAUAAAAAAGGAGGCCCAGGAGUGGCCCUAAGCGUAGGCACCAUGCCCCUGGACAGUGGGGCAGGCUCAGAGGGCAGUGGCACUCCCACUCCUUCUGCCCUCAUUACCACCAACAUGGUAGCUAUGGAAGCUAUUUGCCCAGAGGGGAUUGCCCGACUUGCCAACAGUGGCAUCAACGUCAUGCAGGUAGCUGACCUGCAGUCUAUCAAUAUCAGUGGCAAUGGCUUCUGAGAUCAUAUGCCCAGUGCCAGAGACACGGGCUGUACCCACAAACCCUGGGGUACAAGGUAGCAUUGGGUCCAAGAGACAUGUGGGAGAGGGAGCCACGAUGCACAGCAAUGGGAAGUGUGUGUGUGGGGGGGUACCCAGGAGAUGAGUUGGGGCCCUAGUACCCCACCUGAAAUGGGGCACGUGAGUGGAAACUAUUGAUGUGACCCCGCUACCCUACAUGGAGCAUUUGACCCCAGACGGUUUCCUUUUAAACUUCUUUCCCCAACCUCUCCCUUUCUGCUUUACUUAUCUUACCUCCCCCAUGAUGGAUCCUUCCCUCUUCCCCCUUCCUUAAAGCCAUCAUGCCUUGAUAAAUAUAUAUAUGAUCAUUGAAAUACUUUUUAACAAAAGACAGAUUCUAUAUUAUAUAUAUGUGUAUAUAUAAAAUAUAUAAAAGACAUUCACAAUGGGGAGUAGGCUCAAAGGGAGGAGGAGGAAUAACCUGUGACCAAAAUACCAUGGUCAGUUUCAUAAUAAUGCCUUAUCUCCUUGUGGCUGGGCCUUGGCCUGGCACAUCAGGCCUUUCUGCAGAUGCUGUCCUGACCUCCCAUGAGAUUAAGCAUUCAUAUACUCUGCUUUUAGGUUUUAUAUAUAUAUGGUUUUUUUUCCCUUCAUUUUGUCAUUUUAAUUGGGAGCAGCUUUCUGUACUACCUUUCUCAAUCAUACCCUUUUCAGUCUCCUCCCCACCUCUCCUUUUUCCUCUUUCCACCUGAUCAUUUAGUGUUUAACUUUUAGAUGAUAUUCUUUGGACCAGGGCUCCUAGCAUUUUUGAGGCAAAUUUGGUCUUGACAGAAGCGUGGGAAAAGAAACUCUGUUCCUUGGGCCAAUGCUUGAAGUGACAGGGUCAGAGAGCCAUUCAGAAAAACUACUGAUGGAGGUAUUGCCCUCACUUCCUCCCACCCUGGAGCCAGGGAGUCAAAGGCAGUGCCUUUUGGUCAUCUUCAAGCAUCCAGGAUCCCAGGUGGUUCUAGGAAAAAGGACAGUAGGCCAUGGAGAGAUGGUGGGUUUGUCCAAGCCAUGUGAAACACCAAAAGAUGGUGGUAGAAGAAUAGGUAAGGAGUGGGAUAGGGGGAAUGAAGGAUGUGCCCAGGCCAGGAGGGUACUCAGAAUAACUAGCCUUGGAUUAGUUGGAGACUUAGUUGAAUUUGUUUUACCUUCUUCCAGGUUAGUUCUAAGUUGAUUUUUUUUUUUUUAAAGGCCUGGACUUCAUACUGCCUGAAAAGAGGCAUGCUCUUUAUUUAGAACAUCCCUAGAAAUUUCUCUCUGACUCCACUAUUAAGGAUUAUCACAAUUUGAUUUCCCCCAAUUUCAGUCCUUAAGAAUUAUUUGGGGACAAAAGUAGGAUUGUUCUGGGAUGCAGUGGGAGGUCAGAAGAACUUUACCUGCCCUCUCUCCUUUUCCCCCAUCACCAUUGUUAUCUGUUUUGGGAGAUUUGUAGGGAUGAUACUUCAGAAGGGGCACCAGUAUCUUUAGAAACAAAAUCUUCCCAUUUCCUUUAGGCUCAGAUCUAAAGGGGAGUCUGGGAAUGACAGCAACAGGAAGCUUAUUUCAUUUGUCAUUGAGAAAUCCAAAAGCAACUAAAAUUGGCCUCAAGGCUCAGCCACUAAAGCUUUGUGUCUCUUGACUGUUUGGUUUCUCAUCAGGGAGCUUUUCACUCAUUGUGAGCAAGGUGUAGAAACGGAUGUGUCUUGUGUGGAUCUUUUGAUUUGGGGGAUAGGUUUCUAUUAGCCAUUAUUAAAGCAGACCUGCAAUAAAUGGAAAUUACCCUGA